UUGCCCCGGGGUGCCCAAGGCCCCGCCCUCAACCUCCGUGACGCGGGGCGUGUCCCGGUGAAGCCCCGCCCACCGGCAUUGGCCAUCGCUGACCAUGGCUGCGAGGAUCGCCAAGGAGCUGGAGGAGGCGCGGCGCUGGGGCGGGGCCCGGGAGCUGGGGCCGCUGGACGGGAACGUGCUGCGAUGGGGGGGGCUCCUGCUGCCGAACAACCCCCCGUACAACGCCGGCGCCUUCCGGUUCGAGCUGGCGUUCUCGCCCCACCACCCGCUGUCCCCGCCCCGCGCCAGGCUCUGCACCAGCAUUUACCACCCCGGCGUGGACGCCGAGGGCCACGUGUGCCAGCCCCUCACCUCCACCCAGCACUGGGUGCCGAGCACCCGCGCCACACAAGUGCUGCAGGACCUGCUGCUGCUGCUGGACAGCCCGGACCCGCAGCGGGUGCUGCGGCAGGACCUGGCCCGGGAGCUGCGGGACCGGCCCGAGCUGUUUCAUCGCCGCGCGGAGGAGCACGCGCGGCGGCACGCGGAGCCGUGGCCGGAGCCCUGAGCCCGCUCCGGGGCUUCACCGUUACGUGGGUUCAUAAAGGUUCUCCUGCUCCUGCA